AUGUCGCAAGCGAUUCAGGCCAGACAUCCUAUAUCCGUCAUAUUCCUCUUGCACAUCGCGCUCGAUGUGCCCAUGGCGAUUCAGGGUCUCUGGUCGCCUUUGGGACUUCCCUUCCUACAGCUGAACAACACGACAAUCGUUUUUAUUAAGCUCUAUGCGGCACUUGUCGCGGGAACGUGCAUCGCGUCCCUUCUCUGCUUCAGCCUGCCCGAAUUCCUUCCUGGCAAGCGGGCUUUAGCCAUCGCGCUGUGUAUUUAUCACGUUACCUGCUCGACCAUCCUCUUUAACGCUCCUCGAAUAAUCCCCUACUCUUUUGGUGCACUCGCCGAAUCAUAUAGAGCAACCCCUGAGAACGUGUGGGGCACGCUGCACGGGAUCGUCGGUUUGGGCUUCGCUGUCUGGUGGCAGGCGACCGUCCAGAUCGCCGCAGUCAUGGCGCAGAUCCAGAAGGCACAAUGACAG